AAGGUGUGGUUCUCAUUGCAGGGCCGGAUAGUCAGUACACAAAAACUGCUCAGGAAAUCGUGAACAUCUGUUGCCAGACGCUGGCUGAGUAUGAUGAGCAUUUGACUCAGCUUGAGAGAGACAUCUCUACUGCUAAGGAAGCAGCACUGGAGGAGGCAGAUUUGGAAAGUCUUGACCCUAUGACCCCUGGACCCUACACACCUCAGCCACCAGAUUUGUAUGAUACCAACACCUCUCUCAGUAUGUCACGUGAUGCUUCAGUCUAUCAAGAUGAAAGCAACUUGUCUGCUAUGGAUACUCCUACCACUACCCCAGAGAAGCGGGGGACACAGAUACACCAGGGACGAGGUAGGCUGGGCGAGGAAGACUCUGACGUAGAUAUUGAAGGGUUUGAUGAGGAUGAGGAUGGGAAACCUAAGACUCCAGCCCCAGAAGUUGAAGAUGGGGAUGGUGACCUUGCUGAUGAAGAAGAAGGCUCAGCACAACAGCCCCAGGCCAGUGUUCUUUAUGAAGAUUUGCUUAUGUCAGAUGGAGAGGAUGAUGAUGAAGGGAGCGAUGAAGAAGGCGAUAAUCCCUUUUCAUCUAUCCAGCUGAGUGAAAGUGGCAGUGAUUCAGAUGUGGAGCCCAGUGCAAUGAGACCCAAACAACCUCAUGUCCUUCAAGAGAACACACGAAUGGGUAUGGAGAAUGAAGAGAGUAUGAUGUCCUUUGAGGGAGAUGGCCGAGAGACCUCUCAUGUUAUGGAGGACAGUAAUAUCAGUUAUGGCAGCUUUGAGGAGCCAGAUCCAAAGUCCAACACACGAGAUACCAGCUUUAGCAGCAUUGGAGGGUAUGAGAUCUCUGAAGAGGAGGAGGAGGAGGAGGAGGAACAGCGAUGUGGGCCAAGUGUGCUAAGUCAGGUUCAUCUUUCAGAGGAUGAGGAAGAUAGUGAGGAUUUUCACUCCAUUGCAGGAGAUAGUGACCUGGACUCAGAUGAAUGAGUUGCCCAGACACCCUCAGUUACUGAGCGAUGUAGCAAUCGUGGUUUGGAUUCAGAUGAAUGAAUUUCCCUCAUACUCUUUUGUACUAAGGGACUAUGCGCUGUUAAUUUGAAGCAUCUUAUUUUUCUUGUAUAACUUAAAUUUUAGUAGAAUUCUGUUGUAUAUUUAUUAUUAAAUUAUCUGAAUUGUGAAUGACAAGAUUUAGACAAAGAUAACUUGCUGUAACCUGCACAGCAGUUCAGGAGCUCUAGUUACUGAAGCCAGCUACAGGUUUUAUAAUCUGGUUUACUUCCCUUCAUUCUUUUCAGAUAUACACUGAGAACUUCUUACAAAUAUUAGGCUGGUGUUUAAAUACCUUACAUUGACCUUUGAUAUGACUAAGUUAACCAGCUCAUACAUUUAUAUAAGAAAUAAACGAAGAAAUAUUCUACAAAAGUCUGAGUAAAUUUAACAUCUAAAGCAUUUUUUAACAUCUAAAGCAGCUGUUUUCCCUUUAUUAAAGAGAAGGGCAUGGUCCUUUAUAUUUUCUGAAGUGUACCCCAAAUAUUCAGAAAAAAGAGUCAGAUCCAUAAGCCCAUGAAUGCGUUCCCUGGAAUUCUACUACAACUGGUCUGUAGGUCUCUUGAGAACUGCUUAACGGCCUUGAACAUCUUAAUUCACAGGAAGAACAGGUCUUUUGAAGCUCCUUGCUCAAGUUACAGUUUGUCCUGGAAUUCCAUAACUGCUAACCCAGGAGUUGCACAGGAGUUGCACAGGAAUUUCUCUCAGCUUUCCGUGUGCUUUAAAAUAUGUGGGAGUGAGUUCACUUUCUUGUCUUAAUCAAAUGAAGAGAAAGCAUAGAACCAUCUAGGAAGUGCUAUGGAGCCUCCUUCUCUCUUUGUUAUAUAGCUCAUUGGAUGAAUU